AUGGCUAAACUGGAUGAUAUUUGUGAGAAGUUGAAGAAGAGACUCUCGAGUAUCGAUGGAUUACAGGAGGAGAGCGAUGAUCCACCAUUCUUGGAACCAAUCGAUAUCGAAAACACGAUUGACUCACCAAAUGAAUUUGAGGAAAGAGAGUCAAUAUCGGUGGAUGUCGUGGGAACAUCGAUGAGCUCAGGAUGGAGUAAUUGUGAUCGAAAUGGUUGCAUCUUUCGGGGAGCCAAUCAUUAUCAUUGCCCAAAAAUUCGAUGCUAUUUCUCGUCAAAUGAUCACUUUGUGGUUAAAAAUCACGAGGAAAUCUUUCAUUCUUGUGAACUCGAUUUGAUCAAUUUUCUCUAUGUGCAUAUUGACUCGAAUUGCCCGAGAGUUGGAUGCGAAAUGUCGAAGAGGAGAAGCCAUUUUCAUUGUGUUCGGUGUCCAAUGGUUGAUUUUUUUUACUCGUAUUCAGCA